AUGGCUGCUGCUACUACCAAAAAGACCGCUAGAAAGAAGAAGGACCCAAAUGCCCCAAAGAGGUCCCUCUCGGCUUACAUGUUCUUCGCUAACGAGCAGAGAGAUAUCGUGAGAGCAGAGAACCCAGGUAUCGCGUUCGGACAGAUUGGAAAGCUGCUUGGUGAAAAGUGGAAGGCUUUGGAUGAAGCUGGAAAGGCUCCAUACGAGGCUAAGGCAGAGGCAGACAAGAAGAGAUACGAGCUCGAGAAGAGCGAGUACACUAAGUCCCAGGCUUAG